AUGAAUUUAAGAGGUCGAGAGGAACUUAUAAAAUAGAUAAAAGAGAGCAAUUUUAACUUUAAUCCUUUAGAAAUUUUGGAUAUUGAGUAAUCAAAAGAUGUAAGAGAUGGAUUUAUUCGAGCAAUAUAAUCAAAAUAGAUUACCAAAAGAAUUGCAGCCACUUUAGCAUUUGAUUAAAUUUCAACAACAGAACCUAACAGGUAUAUUGAAGUCAUUAAUAUGAAGGGAUAUUAUAAAUUAAAUAUACAAAAGUAUGGAAUAAAUGAGGCAGUCCUAAUUUCUGAUAUUGAAUAUUUAAGUGAAAAAAUAAAAAAUAACAAAUAACAGUAAGUACAAGAGGAGAAUUUACUUUAUAUUUGUUGCAGAUCUGGAUAUUAUAAAUGUUUAGAACUACUUCUCAAAAUUGGUUUAGACAUAGAAUCAAAACUGGAUACAAAUAGUAUUCUUUUGCAUGAGGCUAGUUUUUAUGGACAGGAAGACAUUAUUUGGUUAUUAAUGAGUUAUGGGGCUAACAAUAAUAUCAAAAAUACUUUAGGUAACUUUCCUUUAGAUGAAGCUAGAACUGAUUAGAUNUAUUCUUCUAUUAGGUUCAGAAAUAAAUAUAUGAUUGCUUCUAGUGAUAAGAGAGUUAAUUAUAAAUGA